AUGGAGGUCAAGCUUGCAGCGGGCCAUCCUCAGAAGCUUCAUCAUGUAACACGCAUAACUGUCCUGGUACUUAAUGGAGAAUGGAGUGUGUGGAACUACUGGGGUGGUUGUUCUGUUGCAUGUGGGAGUGGGACUAGACAACGAUCACGCAACUGUGACAAUCCGAUGCCGAGAUAUGGAGGUUUGGCAUGCAGUGGACAAUCGUAUGAAUAUUCAUACUGCAAUACGCACAACUGUCCUGUUGAUGGAGGUUGGAGUUGGUGGAACGGUUGGGGAAGUUGUUCUGCGACAUACGGGGUAGGACAAAGAUCAAGGUCACGCACAUGUGACAAUCCCUCACCGAGGUAUGGAGGUCAAGCCUGCUCGGGACAAUCCCAUGAUUCCUCAACAUGCUGCUUGCAGAACUGUCCCGGCAUAAGGAUUGUCAGUGGUACGUCUUACAACAAUGGAAGAGUAGAAAUAGAAUAUGGUGGAACCUGGGGAACAGUGUGUGAUGAUAGCUGGGAUGAUAACGAUGCAGCUGUUGUUUGUCGCAUGUUAGGAUUCUCUGGGUAA